AUGUCUCUCUUCGUCGACUCAUCCCAGGACAAUGGAGAUGAUGAUGAUGAUGAUGUUUAUAUUCCGUCACAAUAUACUGAAAACAGUCUAUCGCCACGUCGAGCAAACGCUUGGAAACCUAAACCAGAGGUGCAUUUCACAGCUUCAACAAAUCAAAUUGCUCAUCUUUCAGACGUGUUUCAAAGUUUAAUUGCCAUCAACAGUCAAGCUAUUGUUACUAUACGAUCUAGUGGUAUCACCAUAUAUUCAACUUACAACUAUACAAUCAAUGUUCAUGUAACUAUUGACCCAGCAUUAUUUAACCAAUAUGAACUAACAUGUGAACCGAAAGCUAAUGGUGGUCAUGCUGAUGGUGAUGUUGAUGCAGAGGAGGAGUUGGAGCUACGGCUAGGCAUUGAUAUCAACUUAAUUGCCAAUUGUUUCACAUCAGUGCUAAACACCAUGAAGUCGGAAAAAUUGAUAUCAUGUACUAUUAUUUACCAGGGGGAUGGACACCCUUUGGUGAUUGAGUUUGAUGACACCCUAAUUUCAGAACAAUUGGAAUUUUACACGUUUUAUAUUGACCAAGAUGAAUUGAUUGAAAAUGAACAACUUGGCAACUCCAGAAUCAAUUAUGAAAAUGUCAUUUUGGAAAUUAUGCUCAAGAGUGAUGUAUUGACAAAUUUAUUACAAGACUUGUAUCAAAUUGAUACGGAAAUAUUAUUUAUAUAUUGUGCUGAUGAAGUGCUAAAUUUCAUCAGUAGUGGAUCUAUUGGAAUGUCAAAACUAAUAUUCCCUAAUGAAAAAUCAAUAAUGGAAAAGUUGCCGAUAAAUAAAUCGUAUCAACACAUUAUAUCGCAAUUUAAAUUUAGCGACUUUUACAAAAUUUUCAAAGCGGUACGAUUAAGCUCUAAAUGCAAAUUUAUCAAGGAUGCUGAUGGGUGUUUUUCAAUACAAUUGAUUUGUAAAAAUUAUCAACAAAGUGGGUAUCCAGGAACAUUAUUGACGAUAAAUAUGACUGAAUUGGAUCAUGAUCAACAUUUGAUUGAUUGGAUUUUACAAGAUGAAAUUGAGCACACAACAAUGAGGUAUACGCAACCACACCAGCAAGAACAACAAUACCAUGAAAUGCCCUUAACAAAUAUUCCUAGACUCGCUCAUGAACCAUUAAUCAACUCAUUUAAACGUACUGGCGAUCCAAUAUCUACUAAAACAACCAAUGGAACCAAGAAAAGUCGUCAACAAACCGCACCCAAGAGAAAAACAAAAACAACAAAUGUGCCACUAUUUUUAUAA